AUGGAUCACUCAGACUUCUUGCUGCCCGGCAGCAUGCCUGGCGCAAUGGGAGUACUGCACGAGGUCGACCACGAGUCGCGGACCCACACUCCCUCUCCACGUACAUCCCCCGCAGUGUCGACAGUGUCGACGAGGUACCACACCCCGCGUAGCGUGUCGUCCAACAAUGGCAAGUGGGACACCACCGCAGACACCGUCUCCCUCCCUCCCAGCCUGAGCGACAGCGACGUGGAAGACGGCUCAGACAUCGAGACCCAGCUGCACGAGGUCGACGAUUCCUCACACACGUCUUCUUCCCCGGCAGCUUGCUCGCCGGAGAUUCGCGCUUCUGCGGUCGUGCCCGUCUCAACGCCCGGACCCGCCUACGUCCCGCCAUACGUGCCGCGGAAGAAUCGCUCUGCCACAAAGACCCCAUCAUCCAAGAGUACCCGUGGUACCAACCGCGGGACCUCGUCGCCCACACUGUCGUCGUCGUACGCGCCGUCGUCCGUGUCACUCGCGUCGAGCUCCGCCAUCCCCGGACCGGCGUCCACCUCGGCCGCAUCGUCCACUACCCUCGUGCCCAUGCCUGAAGAGGACGUAUCCACGCCCAACGACUAUGUCAUCACCCUCACGGCGUCGCUCAACAGCAAGACUCUGCCCUAUGACCGCCGCCGCAUCGAAGUUGUCCUCUCCUGGGACCCCCUCGGCCCCACAUCCGUCAUUUGGAGCUACAUUCCCUUCGGCUACGGGUACUAUGCCAAGUACAUUCCCAAGUGGGGUAUCCACUUUGGCGGACCAGGAACGGUCCGCGCCGCCGUGCAGCGGAUCCCCAUCGUGGGCAGGAUCGUUGCGUGGCUGUAA